ACCACAAGCAGACUUAUUAUUAGUAAACAAAAUAAAACAAGCUAAAAUGAAUCGUUGGUUGAAUCGUGUUGCUGUCGUGACUGGUGCCAGUUCUGGCAUUGGAGAAGCCUGUUGCAAGGAUCUGGUGGCCAAGGGAAUGGUUGUCGUAGCUCUAGCCCGACGUGAGGAGAGACUGGCGAAGCUAAAGGCUUCUCUGCCAGCAGAUCAGACUAAACGUUUCCACACUCGGAAAUGUGAUGUCAGCAAUGAGAAAGAAGUCGUUGAGGCAUUCGUUUGGAUUGACAAGAGUCUUGGAGGAGCCGAUGUCCUGGUGAACAAUGCUGGCAUACUCCGAGACAAUCUGAUAAUAAACCCAAACAACUCCAGCGAUCUUCGAGCGGUCUUAGAAACCAAUAUACUUGGUGUAUCAUGGUGCACACGCGAGGCAUUCCUCUCACAACAACGUCGUAAGGUGAACGAUGGUCACAUAGUGAUCAUCAAUAGUGUGGUUGGACACGGAGUGCCAACGGUUCCUGGGGUCAACUAUAACAUGUAUGCACCAUCUAAAUAUGCCCUCACUGCCAUGACCGAAAUACUACGCCAGGAGUUCCAAAACAAAGGAACUAAGACUAGAAUCACAAGUGUGAGCCCUGGAGCAGUUGACACUGAGAUUGUCACCGAUGUGGUAAAGGAACGUAGUCCUGAUUUUGCCAUGUUGCGCUCCGAAGAUGUUGCCGAUGCGGUUACCUAUUGUAUUCAAACUCCUCCAAAUGUUCAGAUCCAUGAGCUUAUUAUAAAACCCAUUGGAGAGAAGUUCUAAAUAAUUUAAAUUUGGAAAUCUGUAAAUAAUUUAAAAUAAAUAAAGUGUUGAUAAUUUGUUUGUCUCUCAUA